UUCACACAGGGCUGAUACCUUUUGCCUCCCCCUUUCCUUUGUAUCAAUUGGUCGGAGUUCAGCCUAUUGUCGCCACAAGCUUCUUUUAUAUCUGCUCUCAGUCUGAGCACAGGCUCUCAGUCAGACUCGCAGGAGGGAUUUCCAGCAGCAGCAGCAGAGGCGUGGAGCGGAUCCUACCUCGGGGGCGGCUGUGCUGUCAGCGGUGUCUCUCUGGCUCGGAUGUGCGCAAGGCUGGAGCUCUGGAGCGUUGGGGCCCCGAGACUUUAAUGGGACCCCGAGAGCCGGGCAGGAGUUUUCGGUUUUUUCGCCAAAAUAGUUGCUUCCUGGCCAUGUCACAAUGCUGAUGAUACCUCUGCUGGUGUUGCUGAGCCUUUUGGAUCCCGUUAGUCCCCGGGCCAGCUGCGACCGGAGCCAGACUUGUGACCCCCGGCAGCGGAGGGAUGCCGGGGGCCGCGGAGGAGUGUAUGAACACCUCGGAGGAGCGCCGAGACGCAGGAAACUCUACUGCGCUACUAAAUACCAUUUACAAAUCCAUCCUAACGGGAAAAUAGAUGGCUCACUGGAGGAAAACAACCCGUUAAGCAUCAUGGAAAUCACAGCCGUGGAUGUGGGUGUUGUGGCCAUAAAAGGGCUUUUCUCUGGCAGAUAUCUGGCCAUGAACGACAAAGGCCGGCUGUAUGCCUCGGAAGUGUUCACCAGAGAGUGUGAGUUUGUGGAGCGAAUCCAUGAGUUGGGGUACAACACCUACGCGUCCCGCCACCAUUCCACGGAGCAGCCACUGCCACCAGGGGGCGGUAGCAGCAGCAAGCGGCGAGCCAGCGCCAAGCGGCAGUGGUAUGUUUCCAUUAAUGGCAAAGGCCGGCCGCGGCGAGGUUUUAAAACCCGAAGCACGGACAAAGCCUCACUUUUCCUGCCUCGGGUGCUGGGCAACAAGGACCAUGACAUGGUGAGGCGGCUGAGAGACAGUCAGAGUGCGCACCACCACACGCACCACCACCACAGCAGCAACCGCGGUGAGCACCGGAGACGCCGGCACCGUGCCAGGAAAGGCCAGGGCCGAAGGCAAGAUGACUGAGGAGACUUUUAGAAGAGGGAGCUGUGGCCCUAUGACUCAUCCAAACAUGGACCCCUAAUCUUGGCACAUAGCCUGCUGUAGCUUGAUUGCAACAGAAGAAAAAAAACAACUUGUUGGAUCCUGCCUUCUGGAAGUUUUUGUUGUUGAUGCACGGAAAAAAAUCCAUAGAAGGAAGAAGGAAAGAUGGGGCCACAACAAGCGUUGGGGCACAUAUAUCAGAGAGACUUUGUCACACACACACACAGCGGUAACAUCUUUUAUUUACUGAGGCCUGACUUCUUCAUAAUGCUACUGUCUUAAACAAAUCAUAUAAGUAGUUGAAAGGCUCCAUCUUUGUAAAGAGUUAUACUUUGGUACAAGAAAUCAUUUUACCAUCAACUUCACACAGAGCUAUUAUUGUAAAUACAGUAUGCACUAUGCAUGUACAGUGACUCUACUGCUUUGCAUUUGUGAAAUAUUUUGCUAUCUUGAAGUGCUUACAAACACGAUGGUUGUUGAAGAGAGGACUUUACACAGCAAAGCACUUUUAGUCAGAUUCACAUUAAGAAGCAGAGGGACACUGAGUGCGAGACAAGAUCCUGUUAAUAUUUUUGCAACAUUCUUACAAUGUGAUAGUCUACUGUCUGUAAACUUAAAGAUGUACUUUGUAUAUUGUACUAAUGAUAUGAAUAUUUAUUUGUUGCCUGUGUUGUAAGUUAUUCAUAAGAUUAUUUCUGCAUUAUGUUGCUGUUUGUUUCCACUCACCACCUGGU